AUGGUCAGCUCCUGUUGUGGCUCUGUCUGCUCUGAGGAGGGCUGUGGCCAAGGCUGCUGCCAGCCCAGCUGCUGCCAGACCACCUGCUGCAGGCCCAGCUGCUGCAGGCCCACCUGCUGUGUGUCCAGCUGCUGCAGACCCAGCUGCUGUCAGUCUGUGUGCUGCCAGCCCACCUGUUGCCGCCCCAGCUGCUGCAUUUCUAGCUGCUGCAGGCCUUCCUGCUGCCGCCCCAGCUGCUGUUGCCCUAGCUGCUGUGUGUCCAGCUGCUGCAGGCCCUCUUGCUGCACCUCCAGCUGCUGCCGCCCCUGCUGUAGCAGUUCCAGCUGUUGUGGAUCCAGCUGCUGCCGCCCCAGCUGCUGCAUUUCCAGCUGCUGCAGGCCUUCCUGCUGCCAAACCACCUGCUGCCGCCCCACCUGCUGUGUGUCCAGCUGCUGCAGACCCCAGUGCUGCAUCUCCAGCUGCUGCCACCCCACCUGUUGCCAGACCUCCUGCUGCUGCCCAGCAUGCUCUAGCUGUUCCUGCUGCUGA